UACAAGUGCAACGUAAUUAGAAAUCUCAUACGUCGAUGUCUUCCAAUUAAAGGCAGAUUCGAUAUGAGACUGUAAAUAAAAUGAAAUUUUUCGGUGUCGGAAAAUUAAACAAAAAGUGAAGGCCACCCGAAACACCUUGAGAAGCAGGUGUAAAUGAGACAAUAAUAGUCGUAAAGCAAAUACGUUGCGUAAGAGUAAUUAGAUUAAAAAUAGAAUUUUUCACAAAUUUGAUAAAUUAGGCCAAAAACACCGGGUAAACAAUACCACGUGAUCGAGGCAUGUUUGCGACAGUGGCGGGGGGGAGGGAUAAUAAACGAAUAUCGACCUUAGGCACAAAUCUAAAAGAAUGAGGUUGUAGAUUGUUGAAAUACGGGUGGUUCGUCACGUCCGUUCAUCGCGACGUCAAAAAAAUUUAAAAGGGUGCCUUUGAGAAAAUUCUAAGUGAAAAAAAUUCGAUUGUCCAUCAUCAUGUGAAAAGUUAAGUUGAACUUUGUGAAUGUCGCUGGAAAAAUACGAUUAAAGUGUAAACAAAGCAAAGUAACCCCAAGUGGUCUCUGUGAUGUCUCAAACUGAAGCCGUCAUCCACCUAGUCGCUGGAGGUGUCGCUGGUACAGUAGGUGCUAUAGUAACAUGCCCAUUAGAGGUAGUAAAGACGAGGUUACAAUCGUCACAGAGCGGGUUCACAACCCAAAUACCUUUGAUAGCUCAGGAACGAAUUAGUAGUACUUGCAAUACGUUCGGUACACAAAGGCGUAGGUUAUGGACAACCUCCGGCCGCUUGACGCCUCAAGUUGUGGCUCUUUCAGGUUACGGACCGUCGCCCUCGUCGCAAAGCAUGAGCCUGGUGAAAUGCCUCAAACAUAUUAUAAAACACGAGGGCCCGCUCGCCCUUUUCAAAGGUCUGGGCCCGAAUUUAGUCGGCGUCGCCCCGUCGCGGGCCGUAUACUUUUUGACCUACAGCCAGGCCAAGAUGUUCUGGAACGGCUGUUUGCCCAAGGAAACUCCCAUUGUGCAUAUACUGUCGGCGUCGUGUGCCGGCUUUAUGGCGUGUACGCUCACUAAUCCGAUAUGGUUCGUCAAAACCAGACUUCAGUUGGAUCUCAAUAAGGAUAAUCGUAUAACCGUCAAGCAGUGCGUCGCACAAAUCUAUCGGAAAUCCGGAAUUAAAGGCUUCUAUAAAGGAAUUACGGCAUCCUACAUGGGCAUUUCGGAGACGAUAAUACACUUUGUGAUAUACGAGGCGGUUAAGGCGAAAUUAAUCGAGCACAGAUUGAAGAACGUACAAAAUUACGACACGACGAAGAACUAUAGGGACUUCUUGGAGUUUAUGGUGGCGGGCGGUCUGUCGAAGACGAUAGCGUCCUGCAUGGCGUACCCGCACGAGGUUGCCAGAACGCGAUUGCGCGAAGAGGGAAAUAAGUAUCACCGUUUUUGGCAGACGUUAGGAUUGGUCGCCAAGGAGGAGGGCAUACGUGGCGUUUAUAGGGGGUUGGGUACGCAACUGGUGCGCCAAAUACCAAACACGGCGAUCAUGAUGGCGACCUACGAAGCUGUGGUGUAUCUUUUAUCUGUCAGAUUUAUCAAUUACGAGGACGCGUAGAAUAUAAAUUAUUAGUCGUUGUUGUUAAUAGAGGGGGGGUGAUCGGAGAGAUGUUUGUAUAUAAGAGUUUUAAACUUUGUACAUAGUCAGUAGCAUCUUUGUGUAUAGAAUAGCAUGAAACUUGUACCUUCUUUACAUGGCCUUAAUGUAUUACAUUUUAUAAAGUUUACUAAUUUUUACUUUCCUGUUGGAUUAAUUGUUUC